AUGAGUAUCUUAUUACGUGCUUUGUUGCCUCCAUCUAAUUUGGGCAAGUUGGAGAACUCAGUGCUUAGCAACGAAAAUUUGUAUUUGUUGAUACAGCUAAUGGGAAAGAAGAAACGUCGAAAGGUAGAAAAGGUCAUAAAAACACAAGAACACAAAGAUUCAUCCGUCAGCGAUGUUAUUCGUUUGCAUGACCGUGUUGGAACGCCGGAAACAACUGUGUCUAUUUCUAAAACGGUCAGAAACCAGAUAAAUUUGGCAUAUAGAGGUCAUAUAACCAGGAAACAUAUCGCAAGAUUUCGCAAAUAUAAGGUAACACUAAACAAUUUGGCACAUAUAUUGCAGAUAUCACAAGAUUCUGGAUUAACGCAUGAUACUUUGGAAAGAUUACCUGGCUCUUUUGUAACACCGUUGACUAAGCUUCAACAUCAAUCCACGUUGCCACCGACUUUAGCACACGGACGACAUAACAUUCCUCACGUACUGCAUUACACGGUUGGUUGGUACGGAGUUGCAUCUCCCUCUAAAAAUCAAGUUAAUCCUUGUUUUGUUUCUUUCAAUAUUGAUGAUUUAGACCUAACACCAAGGUUAGUUGAUUGGAAUAUAAAAUGGUGUAGACAGCAGGACAUGCUUAAGGAAAUUAUCGGACAAUCAAGAUACGACAGAGAAAGCAAUAUAGCAAUACUCGAAUCUUAUACCUUUGAAAAUCUAAAUCACAAUGCAGCAUAUUUAGGUUGGUGA